UGCUCAGCUCUGUUGUUAUGGGAGGAAACUGCAGUUUCUGAGAGAGAAGGGAGGAAGAGAAAGAAAGGAGUUGCAGCGAUUGACAGACAGUGUGUUGAAACAGACUGUAAGAAACACUGUUUUAAGUGGUUAUUACUGAGUUGCUUGAGCACAAUGGAACAUAUGGGGACAGUGGACCCGGAAGAUGAUUCAGGAUUAUUACCACGCCUUGCACCUAGUCCUCACAGUGAAGCAGUUGCCCAUGAAUUUGAAGAACUCUCUUUGCAACCAAACCAGUAUUUGCCUCCUCUCAAUGAAAGGAAGAAUGUUCUUCAACUGAAGCUACAGCAAAGGCGAACAAGAGAACAGCUGGUGGACCAGGGAAUCAUGCCACCUUUGAAGAGCCCAGCUGCAUUUCAUGAGCAGAUAAAGAGUUUGGAAAGAGCCAGGACCGAAAAUUUUCUGAAGCAUAAAAUACGCAGUAGACCUGAUCGAUCAGAAUUAGUCAGGAUGCACAUUCUUGAAGAAACGUUUGCAGAACCGUCUCUCCAGGCCACUCAGAUGAAAUUAAAGAGGGCACGGUUGGCAGACGAUCUGAAUGAGAAGAUUGCUCAGAGGCCUGGCCCUAUGGAGCUUGUGGAAAAAAAUAUUCUUCCUGUAGACUCCAGCGUUAAAGAAGCAAUUAUAGCGGUUGGUCAGGAGAACUAUCCUCAAGCUCUGGAUGAUUUCUCAUUUGAUGAAGACAGCAGUGAUGCUUUGUCUCCAGAUCAGCCUGGUAGUCAGGAAUCCCAGGGUUCAACAGCUUCUCCCGGAGAGCCCAAAACAAGAGAAAUACCUUCGCCGGUCACCCCAGCUUCCUCAUCCACACAGUAUCCCACCAUAGCAACACCAGGAACUGACUUUUUGAAGCCACCUGUCACAGAUCAGCAUGUUGCACACACAACAACUGCUGCUCCUCUUACCACAAAUUCUGUGACUGCAACAAAACACUGCAGUGGGCCAGCACUAAUAAAGCAACCUCACCCCAAGAACCCCAGUGACAGACCUCGGAGCAAGAAAUGCAAAGAACCAAAGCCCAGGGUGAAGAAACUGAAGUACCACCAGUACAUUCCACCUGAUCAGAAAGGAGAGAAAAACGAGCCACCAAUGGACUCCAACUAUGCUCGUUUGCUGCAGCAGCAGCAACUGUUUUUGCAACUGCAAAUCCUGAGCCAGCAGCACCAACAUUACAAUUACCAGACAAUUCUCCCUGCACCACUCAAGCCAGUAAAUGACAAACAGGGUAACACUGGGAAUAUACCGCUGAAUACGUUGAGCAACAGCACAUCUUCAGUAGCUAUCAGCACACCAAGACAGAACACUAGUAUUUCACAUAGAAAGCCAGGACCUCUACCUCCUAGCUUGGAUGAUUUGAAGGUCGCUGAACUGAAAAUGGAAUUAAAGCUAAGAGGAUUGCCUGUGUCGGGAACUAAAAUGGAUCUUAUUGAGCGUUUGAAACCCUAUCAGGAUCUUAACAAUAACUCUAUUGGCACAAGUAAUACAGUGGCAGGAACGGCUUCCAGUAAUGGAACUAGUAAACCGGGGGAAGUAGCUACGUCAUUCCCUGCUGCCCCAUUAAAUAAACAAGUGGUGAAUUCUGUCCCCAGUUCCUCUUCAGAAACGACACCUGUUGGAACUGGCAGCAAAAUAGGACCCCUGGAAUGUGUGGGAUCCCCUUUGCCCAUCUCCCCAUCUCCUUCCGAACAGUCCAGUCUCGGAACCGAUGAUACCAACAUGGCGGAGACGUUGACAGAAAUCAUGACCAUGAUGUCUCCCUCGCAGUUCCCAAGCGCUUCACCUCUUCGAGCAGCCACGAAUGAAGACAGUCUCUGCAGCGGAAGCAUGUCAAGCAUGGACCUUGAUGCCACCGAGAAGGACCGCAAACUUCAAGAGAAAGAGAAGCAGAUCGAAGAGCUCAAAAGGAAACUGGAACAAGAGCAGAAAUUAGUGGAAGUGCUGAAAAUGCAGCUGGAGGUUGAAAAGCGGAGCCACCAACAGCAGCCCCAAGCUUCCGCUAAACCGUCAGUGACUUUAAAUCAGCCGCAUCACAACUCAUCUGUUAAAGAAGAAGGCACUGCAGCAGAUGGCUCUGGGCCAAGACAGGUGGUAUCUGAAGCCAGUCAUUCUUUAGGGCAGCCCAGGGCAGCCGAUACCCAAAAUCUAGUUGCCAAAAAGGCUGUGGUUGUCAAGCAGGAAAUAGCUCUAGCCAAAGCUGAGCCACAAAACGUCAUAUCUCAGUUCUAUGUGAGUUCGCAGAGACAGCCACAGACUGCUGUUGUUGCCGAUCCACAAGCUUUGCUUGCUGCCCAGGGAACCACACAGCUGCUCCUGCCACUCUCUCUGCAGGGUCCAAAUGCAGCCACCUCCAUGCAGCUACCUGUGAGCAACGUCCAGGUUCAAACACAAGCUGGCAUUCCAGCCAUGGCACAACUAUCUACUACUGCUGGUUUGGCCCCCAAAGUACCACAGAUGCACCUGUCAGCCCCCAAGCCAGAUGCUUCCCCGCAGCGUGCAGUUGGUCAGACCUCACAGGGCAGAAAGGUAUUUCCUCCUACCUCACCUAAUACAGCGUUUUCCUAUCAGAAUCAGACUGCUGCCAACCUGCAGCAACCGUUGUUUAAUCAGGCACCAAAUGCUACACCUCACUCAGGGAACCAAGCACCCUUAGUGCAGAACGGACCGAAUGCUCUUCAGAAGCCGCCUUCCCCGCCUCAGCCGUACAUUUUGCAGCCGCCAUUGUUCAACAGUUCAGGAACCAAAACAAAAGACCCGCCACGCUACGAAGAAGCCAUCAAACAGACUCGCAGUCUGCAGUCUUCUCACCGAGAAAUUUCCAGUGCCCACAGCCAGCAGAUGGAUGACCUUUUUGAUAUCCUCAUUAAGAGUGGAGAGAUUUCUAUGCCUAUGAAAGAAGAACCUCUGAUUUCCAAAAUGAGGCCAGUUACCGCCAAUAUCACCACAAUGCCAGUCAACACAGUGGUAUCACGUCCACCACCACAAGUCCAAAUGGCCCCUCCUCUCUCCUUAGAACCAACAAGCAAUUUCUCUUUAACUCUGGAGAAUCAGUUAGAAGCUCUCUUGGAAGGAACUCUACCGUCAGGUAAUGGAAUGUCUCAGCUGACAAGCAGUAAUGAGGACAAGGAAUCUUUCUCUGUAAUUGAGGAUCUACAGAAUGACCUCCUUAAUCAUUCUGGUAUACUAGAUCACUCUCAGUCACCUAUGGAGACUUCUGAUUCACAGUUCACUCCCAGUUCAUGUUUAUCUCUUGACCUUCCAGACCCAAAUUUAGACAAUAUGGAGUGGUUAGACCUCACCAUGCCAAAUGCUUCAUCAGGAUUAACGCCUCUCAGCUCAACAGCUCCAAGCAUGUUUUCAACAGAUUUUCUUGAUCCUCAGGAUCUACAGUUGCAGUGGGAUUAACUGAAAAGGCAAAGUCUACUUGACCAUGUUUUUAAAAGUUCCAUUUAUAAUAAGGUCCAUUGUUUCACUAUCCUUUGUUUUCAAGCUCAUCUCUCUAAAUACCUUAGGGAUUUUUUUAAAAAUCACAGAGCACAAGAUUAAAAAAAAACGAUUAAGAAUGUUCCAAGGAGAAAGGAUUGUGAUUAUGUAAAUUUAUGGGAAUGUGUCAUGAGCAACAAUUCAGGUGAGUAGGCAUAUUGAGAGCAAACCAUUUGGCUAAAAACAAUACUGUUGCACCUUACUAUCUCUGUGGACACCCUCAACAAAGCUUUUAGCUGCAUUGUGAAAACUCUGACUGAGCUACAACCAAUGGGAUUUUAUAAAAUGGUGAAACUUGACUGUGUUUGGAUUUCUUCAUGACUUAAAAAGCUCCUUUCUCCCGCUAGUCUAUUCUUUUACUUUUAAAUUGUGCAGAUGUUUCAUUUUAGGAUUGCCACAUUUAUUUGUUGAGCUGUUAAAUCCUAUGCAUCUUUAUUCAGAAGUAAGCUCCAUUAUGUUCAGAUCCGCUUAUUCUCAAGUAAGAAUGCAUAGAAUUUCAGCUUUAAAUCAGCCAUAUUACUUGAAAAAGUUUUUGAUACAUUAAAAAAGGUGCUUUCAGUUAUUUUUCGCAUCUGGGUUUGUUUGUUUUUUUUGGUGAUACAGGUAAUCAUAUAUCCUGCAGAUAGAAAGUGUGCCAUUAGGGGAAUGUUGUCUUCUUUCAUAUAUGAAAAGGGAAAUAUCUGUGUGCAGCAUCUGAAAGAAAAAUAAAGGAAGUAUUUUUUUCCUUGACCGUUACUGACUUAUCUCAAGGGCAAACUUAUGUAGAUAUUCAUUGUUAUUUAAUGUAAUAAUUAAAUUUAAGGUAAAACUUUGAUUUAAUUUGUGCAGAGAAUAUGCAGGAAGCACAGUGGUGCAUGUUGGGGAAAAAAAUUCACAACCCCCCCCCACAGGUGUUUAGGAGACAUCAGUUGUCAUCUUAAAAUACUUAAAAGUACUUAAAAUCUAUAUUAUUUUUAGUCUGGUGUUCCCAUUAAUUUGUAUUAGAAGAUGCCCUUCAGCAUAACAAAAGGCAUAUUCCAUUUGUAGAAGGGCUGCUCUCUUUUAAAGUUAUUUUUAUUAAGCGUUUUGAAAAAAGAACAUAAACCAAGAAAGAUAAAGGACUUAUAAAAAGAACAGAUGAGUUAAGUACAAAUAGUAAACUGCAAAUAAGUAAACAUGGGAUUUAAAAUGUCAGGGAGAUUACAUUUUUUUCCCGUGUAUCAUUAGUUAUUGAUGAAAUUAUUGAAAUCCAGUUUUUUAAAGAAAAAAAUUAAUCACUAUUAAACUUUAAACUGAAGAUAUCUGGUUAAUACAGUAAAAAUUGCUAACUGAAAUUAUUGAAGGAGGGGGGCUGUUUAUGUGUUAUGCUAUAAUGUUCCAUGACAAAAACUAAAAUCCUGGGAAUGUUACUCUUUAUUGUAGCAUCUAGCAUUGUGCUUAUGGGGCAUUGCUCAUGGUUAAGAUUUCUUUUUUUUCCCCGGCUUAUGGAUCUUUGAAUCCACCCUAUGGAUUAUGAAUUAAGCUUAACGGUUUAAAAUUAAUAGAAAAAAAUAUAUCCAUAUCCUAUUCUGAAAGCAGCAUUAUCUUGUAAAUAAAGCCUGGAAUUUAAAAUACAAGACUGCUGUGAAUAAUGAACCUAUAGCACAAAAAUUCUGUCAGCCUGACAAAAGCAGCGUCAUGCGGUCGCAAUGCAAGCCCCACCCCUUUUGUACAUAAGUUGUGAAGUUGCACAUGUAUCUCAAGGGCUGGAGCUGAUAGCGCAACACUCCUUCCAUAGUUUUAACAAAGGCAAGCCGAGGUGCAGACAUCCAUGCUCCAGUGUGUACAUUCUACCUCCAUUGUCAGAUGUUUCUAAAACUUUGAAUUUCCCACUUUUAACUUAAAUAGUAAAUAUAUCAACAAUCACCAUGCCCAAUCACCCAUGUAAAAAAUUUGUGUUCUAUUUUAAAAAGUGCUCAGGGAGGGGAGCAUCUGCUUCCCAGUAGAUUGCAGAACUCCAGUAUCUCACAUCAUUUGUUGCUUAUUAUCCUUUGAUAUUCUUUGGAUAUGCCGGGAAUAGAACUGAGGAUUUUCUGCAUGCAAAGCAUUGAGCUAAGUUGAAAAAUUGACAAGGGAAAGUCUCUCCAACAUCUGCUUUUGAAUACCCAUGUAUCAGAGCCAUUCCCAUCUUUUCCAGUGCUGCACCAUGGCCUUUUUUCCUUUGAAGAUGGAGAUUUUUUAAAAAUGUAAAUGAUAGAUCUCAACAUCCGUUGUAAAGCUCAGCUGUCUUUAAUCAUGAAAAAAUUUAAAGAAGAAUCAACAACCUUCUACUUCAGUGUUUCCCAACCUUGGCAAUUUCCAGGUAUGUAGACUUCCAAUCCCAGAAUUCCACAGUGAGCAUCACCAUUGAUAGAAUUCUGGGGGUUAAAGUCCAUGCACGAAUGAAGUUGCCAAGGGGAAACACUGUUCUACAAGAUUGCUCAACAGGAUUUUUCAAACCAAAGUUCUCUCUUCAUUCCACAGAACAAAAUUAUUUGACUUUUGAAAAUAGAACAUUGUCAGAAUUUGGAUUGUUACUUGGUAAACAAUAAUAUUUGGUUCUGCAUGUGGGAGCUCCUUGCUUAUGCUCUCAGGAAUCCCAUAGAAUUGCCAUAGAUUCAAGGAGAACUAAUCCAGCCAAGUCAAGCAGUGUCUGCAUUGUUUAGGGUUUGUUAUCUAAUAUGUAACAUUUUGAGCCAGUUAUGUAUUUGCAGUGCAUAUUUGCAGUUUGUUUUCUCUUAAAGCCAUAACUGUGAAGAUGCCAAUUCAGAUUGGCUUUAGAGUUGAGACAGGCUUUGAUAUUUUAGGAAGUAUUGCUGGUGUCAAGGUAGCUCCAUGCCAAAACCAAAAAUAUCAACAACAACAUCCCCCUAAACACAAGUUUGGGAUCCUUGUUUGAAAUAAUGUUCUUAUGCCAUUUUGCAUUUUGUUUUAGAAUUAUCAUAGUUAGUUGGAUACAGUUAUUCAAACAACUACAUUAAACUCUACUUGUGAUUUAGCCUAUAGCUGGGAGUGUUUUUAAAUCAGACAAUAUGAAAUGGUUUUGGGAGAAAGUAUUUUCAGCUUUACCAUUCCAAUUCACCAUCCUUUGAGGGAGGGUAAUCUUUUAUGUGCUAAGUGUCUUCCACUAAGUAUCUUUUUCUCCCACAGAUAUCAGUUUGAAAUAAGAUACUUAACACUCUGGAAUCUAUCCUGGGUUCAGUAGGAACACCUAUGAGAUUUGAACUCUAUAUUGCUGUAAGUUAGAGUAUUUCCAUUGAUGCACCAUAUAUAAUGUUUUAAUCCAAAGAAGAAUGAAUCUGUUGGCUGUAUCUUUGUAGUUACUUGUGAAUGGCUAGCAAAUCUCACUUCCCACACCCAACUACCAUUCAAUUUAAGAGACAGUUUGCCUUUUCAGCAAGAUGUGCUUAACUACAUACUUCUCUCUUUUCUUUGGAUUCUGUCCCCGAGCAAAUAGGCCACAAGGAAAAGGGCCCUGGAGAAAGUAUUAAGCCAAGGAAGGCUGAUGUAAGGCUGUUUCACUAGCUUUCUCCGGUUUGGGACCUUUUAGAUGUAUCAGACUAAUUUCCUAAUCUCGUUGCCUGUGUAGCAGUUAAAGAAACAUGCCAGGCUGGGAAGUUGUCUUAUGCCAUUAGAUAUCUUCGCUAUACUUGGAGCAUCUCAACAGUUUCGAAAUUGGACCUAUCUGAACACCUGUUAGACUGCCAUGUAAAUGAAUCCUACCUCUCCAAGCUUCUUCUCCCCUGCCCUCCCCCGAUUGUCAGACCAGUUGUUGACACUGAACAAACUUCUUUUUCUUUUGUCAUUUUAAAAUGUUAAUACUGUCUAGGCAAGAUGCUUUGGAGUAGAAUGCAAGCAUGACCUGUCAGGAUCCAUGGAGCUUAUAAAAACGUGUCGCCAGCCUGAUUUUAAAAAGCCCCUGGUAAUGCAGGUGUGUCUCUCUCACUGUGCAAUCCAGCUGGAACAUACCAGGAUCUGUCUAUUGAGCCCAAUCCACACAGUUUAUGACGUACUUUCUUACAGCUUUGUAAGCCAUAGUUUGUACUUUCAGGUUCAUCUGCUAUCUUCCUUGGCUUAGAACGUGCCACAGCUGUCAGUUUCUAGGAAGCUUUUUGUCCUCUUACUGACUAGACUAUCACCAAAGGUUGGCAGAGAGCAUGUACAUAGAGCUUAAAAUUAAUAGUAUUGGGUGGUGCUGUGCUACACAAACGCCUUCAUGUGUAGUGUGCUAUCCAAGUCAUGCAGGUGCAUGUAGCACAAAGAAUGCAAGCUCAUCCUGGAAUAAAAUCCAGACAGCACAGUGUAAUAACCAGUGUGGAACUUCCUUCUAGAAAAACAUUAAGGGAUCAUGAACAUUUAUCACGGAAUCUUAUUUAUUGUUAGGUUAAGAGUGUGUGUUGUUUUCUGUGCAUUUCAAAGCAGAACUUUAUUACGAAACAUAUCUGGGUAAUGGUUUGCUUUUAAUCAGACAACCUGAGAUGUGCAAUCUUUACCAAGUGUAUGUGAACCUGGUAUUUGUGAACAGUUUCUUUAUAUAUAUAUAUAUAUAUAGAGAGAGAGAGAGAGAGAGAGACGUACAUAUUAUUGCUUGGAUAAUUUCUGUACACUGGAUAAUUUUUUUUGUAAUAUAAACAUUUGGCUCCUUAUCUUUAAAUACAAAUUGCACUGCUAGCAUAGUUUUUCUCAGCACACAAACACUUGGAAUUUGUUUAGUAGUACCACAUAUGCCUUCCGAGCAAAUAUCGGUUUCACUGCGGAUAUGUGGUUUUCAUAUGCUGUUGCCUGUUGUUUCAUUUAUGAGAUUGGUCCACUCGUGGGAGUUUCAGGAUCACCCCACCUGCAGUUACACCAUCUGGAAGAUAAUAUUUUGGAGAGUGAGCUAGGGUGAAACCUACUGUUGCCUACAUCUGUUUGCUGCUUUAUACAACUGUGAAGGAAGAAAGUAGCAAAGAUUAUUACAAGAGACAGCCUUAGUCUAUUUGACAGCUGUUCUUGAGUUCGGAAUAUGUAUGCUUGCAGUGCAGUCUCAAGCAUGGUUGCUCGGAAGUCAGAUAGGUGGCACUGAGUUGUAAGUUUAAGAUAAGCCUACAAUGCCAUCCUCCAUAAUACAAGAUAAUUUAAUAUAGAAGCAUAGCCAGAUUUGCUGCUUGCAGGUAUAUGUCCCACUGGGAAGAAUAGCCUUGUCAGGGUAAUGUCGGUUUCUCACUUGGCAGUGCUAGAUGAAGCUGUGAAAUGGAAAUAACAGUUGCCUAUUUUCUUAAAUUCGUUUCUGGUUAUAUUUUCUUUGACGAAUGCAGGAAAACAAAUAAGAGAACCAAUAAGCAAAAUAAGAUGCUUUUAGCACCAAUUUCUGCUGGAAGAAUAUGUCUUUUCAAGCUCCUCCAAAAUAGAGAUACCAAGGUAGCUUGUUUUGUUAUUGUUAAACAUACUGCCUAAUCGUGUAUAUAUGAUGCCAUGUGAUAGUUCACUGAUAAUUUCUUCAAUGCUUUUAGAAACUAGAAAUUGUGGGCAUACUAGAUAUAUCUGUGCAAUUCUUUGUGUGCAUGGGAAGUUAACAUUUAUGUCAUGGGUUGGAGUUUUUUAUACGUGCAAAAAAUUCUGCUUAACAAAUCUGUUUGGGCGGGCAUUUCAAACCAUUUUAUAGCUGAGUAGAUACAGAAUAUAAAAACGUCUCAUAUCAACUUCUUUUUUUAACUGUCUCAUCCCCUUAACAUUGACCCGCCCCACCCGGUCAUGCAGAGAGGGCAUGCUGCGAACCCUGCCCGUAAGGGAAUUCCACCUGGUGGGGUCCAGGAGGCAGGCCUUCUCUGCAGUGGCGCCCAUCCUGUGGAACAUUUUGCCCCCAGAGGUGAGGCAGGCAGGCCCCUUCGCUCCUGGCCUUCCGGAAGAAACUGAAAACCUGGUUCUGCUGCCUUGCCUGGGGUGGGAGGGGCACCAGUUCUUCUUGGGGGUGGCUGGUAUCAUAGAUCUCUCCCCAAUGAUUAAGAUCUUCACCUCUUGGAUUUUAAGUCUAUUUUAUCUUUAUUUAUUAGUUGGUAUAUUGUAAUUGAUAUGCUUUUAAUUUUUGAUUUUAUUGUAAACCGCCCAGAGCCCCCCUUUUGGGAGAGCUGGGCGGUAAUAGAAAUUCAAUAAAUAAAAUAAAAUAAAAAUGCUCCAAAGUUCCUAAUUCAUCAGCAGAAGUUGAGAAGAAAGUGUACUGACAGUCUUGGGUCCUUUGACUAAGAAAGUAAUUUCAGUUAUUUUAGUGGGAGUGACUUCUGAGUAAUCCUGCUUUGAAUUGCACCUCAUGCAUGUAUGUUGCACACACCGAUGUGACUUGCGUAGCCAUACCUAUAGCUCCAGAACGAAUUAGUUAAUCUACUUAUAUUUAGUGACUUACUCUCCAAAACUUGUUCUUUAAGUUUUCAAACUGCUUUUAGUUCUGAAAAGCAGAGGAUCACAAAGGAUUUCCGUAAUACUUCUUGACAAAGUAAGUAGUAGUUGAUGUGCAUGAUCUAUAUAUCAUGGAUGGCAUCAACCCACUAGCCACGAUAAAGCCAAAGUUCUUUCAAGUCUCCCGGAAAUCCAUGGGAUUCAAAAGUGUUUCAUUUCGGCUGGAUUAUAGCUUGCUUAUCAAGUCAGUGGAACUAUCCCUAAUACACUGUAUUGGAAUUCAGUCAAUAUCAAACGGUAAUCGUAGUAAAGUUCUGUUAGAACUGGAAUAUGGAAAUGACUCUUGCGCCUAUUUCUGAAUAAGCAAACUACGUAGUUAGAAAAAGCUAAUAUAUGGUUGUAUUGAAUUUUGCAUUUUGAUAAAUGAAAUUAGACUGCUUGUCCUUUUGAUAAGAAAUCAUGAUCUUUGGCAGCUCUCGAUCUCCCUGGCCCCUCCCAGGUGUCUCUUUGUAUAGUGAAUUAUAUCGUGUAUGUUACCAGGACAUGUAAAGUAUGAUUUCUGCAUAGUUACAAAAUUGGGAGAAAAAUACCUUUGUAAAAAUUAGUUCUUAGAAGUGAUCUGUUUCUUUGAAUUAUGUUUAUAAACUGCAACACAUCAUACAGCAUGUUGAAGAACGCGAGAGGUGCUUCAAAUGUACGCACAUCUAAUCUGAGGUUAGAAAGCCUUUUCCCUCUGUGUUGCCUGCAGCCAAGAUCAGAACGUGUCUGAACUAAUACGCAAUCCUAGCCUAAAAAUCUGGCAAGUGCCAUCACAAUAGAAGGCACUUUGGGCCUUCUUUGUUUUUGUAAUGCAAACCAGGAAACCAGCAUUUUAUAUUUUUUCAGUUCUGCCUGAUGAUGCAGUUUCAGCAAUCCAGAGCCUUAAAGAAGUGGUAAUAGCAAAACUGCCCAAGAAGAACCAAAGUGUUCCCACUUCUCUUGCCAAGGCACACCGCCCCCACUCCCCCAUUUCUUUUAUCUACCAGGAAAAUAGAAGUUUUCUGCCCUGUCCGCCGAAUGUCACCCAUGGGAAUUUUUUUUAUAUAUUGAAGAUGUAGAUAUUUCUGGGGUUGCUUUUGUCUUAGUGUCUAAUAAUAGGAAUGCCCCUUUUUUGAUUGUGAAACUGAACUGAGAUAUGAGCACGGAUCUCCAUGGCAAGGGGGGUCCUUUUCUUCCACUGUAUUGCUUGCAGUAGAAAUUGUGCUUAGCGUGACGCGUGUUUCUCUUCUUCUUUUCAUAGUCCCAAUUAUGUCUUAGCAUCUCACUUUAUGAAAAUAAGAAGAUCGAUACCAGUCUGUACAGGUCGCUUCAUUAACCGCUAGAUUUUAAAGAAAAGAAAAUCCAUACUGGCAAGCAGAGCAUCCGGUGGUUUAUUGCCUUUGUAAAAGAGACCAUGAUGCCUUUGUAUUUGCUGUUUGCACCCCUAAAAUAAAUUCCAUAUGGUGGACUUUUGCCAUGUUUUGCACAUUGUACUGUAUAUAUGUAAUGCAUAUUGUAUUUUUAUAUGUGUAGUACAUUUAUCAUAUAUUUUGUACAUAGUGGCAAGGUUGUAGCUAAGGAGAAAAUGUUAUCUAAGCAAUUUUGCAAUCUGUGUGUCAAAUAAACAAGUUAAUAGA